AUGUCUGACAAAGUGGAAGCUAUUAUUAAGUCACUGGAGCCGGUAUUAUCCCCUGUUUUAGCAGUGUUGAGACCAUAUACUGGUCAAUUACCACCUCAAAUUAUUCAAUAUGGUCGAGAAUUAUAUACAAGACCAGUUUUCGAUACAAUUAUUCUAAAAUUAGAUUUGUUUUCACCUUCAGCUGCUCCUUUAUUAACAAAAUUCAUUGCUACUUCAUUAGGUUAUGCUAUUGUUGGAUCAUCUGGUAUUAUUAAAUUACCACAAAUCUUAUCAAUUAUUUCUAAUGCUUCAACUACUGGUUUAUCAUUUGUUAGUAUUUUAUUAGAAACUAUUAGUCAAUUGAUUACAUUAUCAUAUAAUUUUAGACAAAAUAACGAAUUCACAACAUUUGGUGAAUCUGCAUUUCUUUCAUUUCAAAAUAUUAUAAUAUUAUUAUUAAUUUUAUAUUAUAGUGGAUUAACAAAAUAUAUUAAUGGAUUUAUUGGAUUAUUAUCAUUAACAUUUUAUUCACUUUUCGCAAAUCCAAAUAUUGGUCAACCUGGUGUCUUGUCAAAUGAUAAUGUUCAGAAUUUAAUUAAAUUAGCAUUGCCAUUAACUUUAUUAUCCAAAUUACCACAAAUUUUGAAUAAUAUUAAAAAUAAAUCAACUGGUCAAUUAUCUCCCGUGUCAGUCGGUGCUGGAUUUGUUGGUGCUAUUAUCAGGGUAUUUACUACAUUAUCAGCUGGUAUUCAAGAUCAUUUAAUCUUAUUAGGAUUUGGUGCUAGUUUAGUAUUGAAUGCAAUUUUAUUCAUUCAAAUUUUGGUUUAUAAGAAAAAACCAAUUUCUCAAGAGAAAAAAACAAAUUGA